AAAGACUACAAAUUAAAAAUAGAUUUAUUGAAAAUAUUUGAAUCUCACGUGAGGCCUAGUCGGUGGCUAAUCCUCGCGCGUUAGCAAAGAAGUUAACGUUAGCUAGCAACUUUUAAACGGCGGGAACUUUUAUUUUUAUUCAGAGUCGCUCUGCUGUCAGAGCUGUGAAAGUUCGCUAGCUAGCAAAUUAUUUAUUACCUCAUGUGAACAUAAAGACGCGAAUCUUUUAAAUACGGUGUAAAGCGGGAUUAAAGUGAUAACGCUGGUGACGUUUUGGCAGUUUUUAUCACAGCACCGAGUCCUUGUACGAAUCUGCUGUAGAGCUUCAUUUUAAUGGAGUGUAAUGUUAUAAUGCGGUUAUAUAUUGUUUAUAAUGUCAAGAUCCGUCGUGUUCCACACCAUGGCCCGUAUCCCUCACGGCGAGUUCCUCCUGGAGCAGCUGAGGAAGCAGAGGGAGCGAGGUUUCCUGUGUGACUGCACCGUGGUCAUCGGCCAGGCUCGCUACGAAGCUCACCAUAAUGUCCUGGCGGCCUUCAGCGAAUAUUUCUCCACACAGUGCAUCGAUGCCCGAAGAGAAGACUCCACCAUUACACUGGACCCUGAGUGGGUUAACAGUGCCAUGUUCGAGAAACUGCUGGAUUACAUGUACACGGGGAACUUGGAGAUGGACGGGGAUGAAAUCCCAAACGUUCAAAACGCAGCAUCCUACCUUGGGAUACAGGAGGUCCUGGCUCUCUGUUCUUCCACCGCUGACACAGAAAGCACUGUCCCUGUGACGGACACUCUCUUUGCCGAUCCUCGUUCUCCACUCAGCCCGGACGACUACGAACCGCUGGAGCCACUUGAGGAAGUGGAGGAAAGGGAAAUGCUGAGGAAGGAGGAAGAGAAGAAAUCGGGAAUGUUUCAGGAAAAAGCAGCGCCAGUUGAUGAUUCUCAGUUAUCCAGUGAGCAAACUCCACAGGGCACAGAGAAGAGGAUACGGAAGCCCAGGACUCGUCUUUAUGAAGAGGACGAUGACUUCACGAGGAAGGAAAGCCCGCUUACACCGAGAGGACGAGGCAGAGGAAGGGGAAGGCCGAGAGGACGGCCUCGGACGAGACCAUUAGAUUCUGAUAAAGUGGACCCUAUGGUGAUGGACAAGAGUCCAGUGACAGAGACUGCUGUAGCGCGGAGAGGAACUGGAAGACCGAGAGGGCGUCCACGUACAAGACCACUGUCUUCUGAAGCGGUAGACUCUGUCAGUGCUGAAGAAAACAGCACAGUGGCGAACAAUGAAGAAAUCGAAACCGAGACAGAGCAGUCAGAACCGUCCAAGUCUGUAAAUCCACAAGGAGACACACAGGGAGUAAGCAUAAACAACGAGGAAGUAGAAAACAAAACGCCAUCGGACGCUGAGAAUCCUAAAGAGGCUGUGGUCACAAAGCGAGGAAGGGGUCGACCACGAACCAAAUCUCUGCCUUCUGAGGCCACGGACAUCCAGAACCCAGAGGAGACGUUCUCGCAGAUCAUACAAAAAGAAGGUGUGCGUAAGAGAGGCAGGCCGCGUUCCAAACCUCCGCCGUCUGAAAUGCCAGAAUCCGACAACACGGAGGGAGGAACGGAACAGGACGAGGGACCGGAUCAGGAGAACAACCAGCCAAAAGCGUCCUCGUCCGAGCCCCUCGAUGACAAACGGGAACUUCCAGAAAACUCCAAGAAGCUCCGGACGAGCACCAGGAAGCGGAGCCUGAGCCGAAAGCUGAGAGAGAGCCAAGCCAGCAACGAUGAAAACGAGCAGGAUGAGGCGGCGGAGGAGGAAGGCAGCGAAGAGUGGGAGGAGGAAAAGGAUGUCAAGGUGUCGCAAAACAAGCUGCGGCCCAUCUGCAACAUCUGCGGGAACCUGUUCUCUGAAAUGAGCAGCCUGCGCAGACACAUGCGCAUACACAAGGGGCUUAAACCCUAUCAGUGCCAGCUGUGUGGACGCUGCUUCAGGCAGGGAAACCAGCUCAAGACGCACCUGCGGAUUCACACAGGUGAAAAGCCAUUCUCCUGCAGCCGCUGUGAUGCCUCCUUUGCACAGAAAUGUCAGUUGGUGUAUCACUGCCGUAUGCAUCAUGGAGAGGAAAAGCCUCACAAGUGUGACGUGUGUCCUGCAGCUUUCGCUACGUCCAGCAAUCUUAAAAUCCACAUGAGGACACACAGCGGGGAAAAGCCAUAUGAAUGUGGGGAAUGCGGGAAGCGUUUCACUCAGGCGAGCACGCUGAUGUACCACAAGCGCCGACACACGGGGGAGAAACCCUACGUCUGUGACACCUGUGGUAUGGCCUUUGCUGUGUCCAGCUCCCUCAUCUCACACACCAGGAAGCACACAGGAGUGACUCCUUACAUCUGCCUGGACUGUGGGAAACCCUGCUUAACAUCUGGCGAGCUCAGGAAGCACAUGGACAUCCAUAAUGGUUCAAGAAGAGUGAUCUGUAAUAUAUGUGGAAGCACUCUCUCUGAUAUUUAUAGCCUAAAGAAGCACCAGGCUCUAAAACACAAAGCCCCUCCGGAGCAAGACAACGAGCCAAAGAAAUCCGAAUCCGUCGAGUGUCCGAUCAACAUCCCGAUCGAUCACCAGGGUCUGAUAGCCCGAGUGAGGUCCGUUCUAUCGGAAUCCCCAGAGCCAAGCUUCCCAGAUGAAUCCCCUCUCACUUCUGAGGCCUCCAUGAUCAUCCAUCAGCCUGAAACCCCAAUGAUCAUCAAACAUUCUGAAGCUGCAGAAGCACCGAUGAUCAUCCAGCAUGCGGACGGUUCAGGAACCCAAAUGAUCUCAGGAUCCCCAAUGAUCAUCCAACACGCAGAGUCCUCUGAGGCUCCUAUGAUCAUCCAGCACACGGAAGCAGGAGGAACACCAAUGAUCAUCCAGCAUUCGGAAGCAGGAGGAACACCAAUGAUCAUCCAGCAUUCGGAAGCAGGAGGAACUCCAAUGAUCAUCCAGCAUUCGGAAGGUUCGGAGACACCACUGAUUAUCCAACAUGCCGAUUCCUCAGGAGCACAAAUGAUCUCAGGAUCGCCAAUGAUCAUCCAACAUGCGGAUCCCUCCGAGACCCCCAUGAUCAUCCAGCAUUCGGAAGCUACAGGAUCGCCGAUGAUCAUCCAACAUGACGAGUCCUCAGAAACCCCAGUGCUCAUUCAGCAUGGAGAUUCUGGGGAGCAAGUGAGUUAUGUUGUGGAGCAGUAUGAAAUCCCUGGUUCCUCAGACAUUGAACAUGCUCAGAUCGUCAUCGUACAGACUAUCGAUUAAGAUCACAUCUGGAGAACAUCUGGCCUCCACAGUGUAUCUGUUGCAGUACAGAUUAGUUUUAGAGUGGUUCUAGUCUUUGUAAGAUGGAGACAAUCUUCAGUGUGUUUCAGAGACUGCUGCACCAGGAUGUCCUUUUUAGGUAGUUUUUUUUUUUUUAUUUAAGCUUUAAGUAUCUGGAAAAAAAAAAGAUUUAAAGAAUUGAUCAGACGAUCAUGUCAACAGUGCUGUUCUUCUGCUCAGUGUCAUUUUAUAAUUGUAUGGAUUAAACAGUCGCUUUUUGCAUAAAAGCAGAAUGGAGGAACGCUUGAGUUUUGCUCUUAACCUGAUAUUGUGUGAUAUUGCUACUAAUUUUUUGUUUUUUGUUUUUGGGGGAAAAAACAUGACAAAUGAUCAAUUGUCUGGCUUGGUGUUAUUUUUCAUAAAGUCUGUGGAUUUUUAAAAACAACACUGACUCUUAAAACAAAAACCUAUGUUUUGACAAAUUAAAUUUCCUUUUUGAUGUGGA